AAGUACAAAGAUUCACAAAAUGUUUAGGGAUAUGCAUAUCCCUGCGUCGUCCCCAGAAUAAAACCACUUGUAUUGUUCACUGCAUCACCAACAAUGCAAGUAAAAAUAAAGUAAAACAAGUAAAAAAACUCCAUGUGGAGUUUCAAUUUUUUGAUUUUUUUCUGUUUUGUUUUCCUGUCAAUGACGCUUCUUUAAAUGCUAUUUUUUAUCUUGUCCUUCAUUUGCAAUGCGUAUUUGUUUUACGACACACUGCAACCCAUUUUUUAAAAAUGUAACGUGAUGCGAAAUAAACAUUUCACCUGCUUCCUUUCGAUGGCUGCAGGUUCGUCGGAAAUCAGCAGCAACAAUGAUCUCCCUGAGAGGAAACGAAGCCCUAUUGCUGCUCCUGUUGGCCUCCUGCCUGAUCGUAAGCCGUGUCUCCUCACAGAAUCCUCGGCAUGAGAAGUUCCUGAGGCAGCACAGCGACUUCCCCCGGACCAAUGUAGCCGGGCAGGAUUACUGUGGGGCCAUGAUGCUGCGCCGGGGGAUGACGAGGCCUUGCAAAGACACCAACAGCUUUGUCCAUGCACCCAGGAGCAAUGUGAAGGACAUCUGCGGCAGAGGCGGAACCCAUUACCGCCGGGCCCUGAGGCUCAGCAGGGCACAGUUAUCCGUCACCACCUGCAAGCUGCAGGGAACUUCGCGGGGCCAGUGCCGCUACUGGGCCCACACGGGACAAAGGCAUAUUCUCAUAGGUUGCGACGCAUCAGGGUGGCCCGUCCAUUUUGAAGAAAGCAAUUUCAUGUAGGGCAGGCUUGCUUUUUCCACUUGAAAGCUGGUGUUCCACGGAGCUCACUCACAACAGAAUUGUCACUUGAAUCUCACUUACCCAAAGUUAACGUAUGUAUAGUGUGGUAAGAAUUCGCCUAUUAUUUCUUGGGAAAUAAUUGUGUACAGCUGGAAACGUUGGCAGCAUUAAGAUGAAUUUAAUAGUGUAAAUAAGU